AUGACGGAAGAAGUAAGGAAACAGGCGCAACAGCUGACUCUCGACACGCAGCGUAGCGAGGAGCACUCUGGAAAUGUGGUGGUGGUCUCCAACCGGCUACCGGUGACGAUUAAGAAAAAUGACAGCGGCGAGUACGAGUACUCCAUGUCCUCUGGAGGGCUCGUGACAGCUCUGCAGGGGCUGAAGAAGUCGACGAAGUUCCAGUGGUACGGGUGGCCCGGGCUAGAGAUUCCCGAGGGCGACAGGGAGCAGGUGCAGCGGGACCUGCUGGAGAAGUUCAAUGCGAUUCCGAUCUUCCUGAGCGACGAGCUGGCGGAUCUCCAUUACAACGGCUUCAGCAACUCGAUUCUGUGGCCGCUGUUCCACUACCACCCCGGCGAGAUCAACUUCGACGAGAACGCGUGGUUGGCGUACAACGAGGCGAACCGGGCCUUUGCGGAGGCCAUCCAGAAGAACCUCCGGGAUGACGACAUCGUGUGGGUGCACGACUACCACCUGAUGCUGCUUCCGGAGCUGCUGCGCAACUACAUUGCGACGGCGAAUCUACAGAAUGUAAAGCUGGGAUGGUUCCUGCACACUCCGUUCCCAUCAUCCGAGAUAUAUCGUAUAUUGCCUGUGCGUCAGGAGAUCCUGCGCGGGGUCCUAAGCUGCGAUCUGUUAGGGUUCCACACUUACGACUACGCGCGCCACUUUCUGUCGUCCGUGCACCGGAUCUUAAACGUCAACACGUUACCCAACGGCGUAAAGUUCCAGGGCCGCUUUGUCAACGUCGCAGCAUUCCCCAUCGGGAUUGACGUGAAUAACUUCACGGAGGGUCUGCAGAAGGAAUCCGUCGUACAACGGGUCAAACAGCUGAAAGAGACAUUCAAAGACUGUAAAAUCAUUGUGGGGGUGGACCGGCUGGACUAUGUCAAGGGUGUACCACACAAACUACACGCCAUAGAGGUGUUCCUGAAUGAGCACCCAGAGUGGAUCGGUAAGGUGGUCCUUGUCCAGGUAGCAGUUCCUAGUCGGGGCCAUGUGGAGGAGUACCAGUAUCUGCGUAACGUCGUCAACGAACUGGUCGGUCGCAUUAACGGGCAGUUUGGCACCGUGGAAUUUGUCCCAAUCCACUUUAUGCACAAAUCUGUGCCAUUUGAAGAGCUAAUUUCACUGUACUCCAUAAGUGACGUCUGUCUGGUCUCGUCGACCAGAGACGGCAUGAACCUUGUUUCUUACGAGUACAUCGCGUGCCAGGCUGAGAACAAGGGUUCGCUGAUCCUCUCUGAAUUCACGGGUGCUGCUCAAUCACUAAACGGUGCCUUUAUCGUUAAUCCGUGGAACACCGAUGAGCUUGCCGAGGCUAUUCACGAGUCACUUACCUUACCGAUCGAGAAGCGCGAGGCGAAUUGGGAGAAGCUUUACAAGUAUAUAUCCAAGUACACCAGCAGCUACUGGGGCGAGACUUUCGUGCACGAGUUGUACAAGCUCAGCUCUCAGAAGUAG